UAUAAUGGAUGGAGACAAGAAAAUACAGCUGAAGAGAGAACUUGGAUAUUUCUGGGGCACAAAUUUUUUAAUUAUUAAUAUAAUUGGUGCAGGAAUUUUUGUGUCCCCCAAAGGGGUGCUGGAGUACUCUUGCAUGAAUGUGGGGAUCUCCUUGUGUGUCUGGGCUGCCUGUGCUCUACUAUCCAUGACCUCCACUCUUUGCUUUGCAGAGAUAGGUAUAACAUUUCCAUGCAGUGGAGCUCACUACUACUUUAUCAAGAGAUGCUUUGGCCCUUUAAUUGCAUUCCUGAGACUUUGGACCUCUGUGUUUCUGAUCCCAGGAGUAAUUGCCAGCCAAGCUCUACUGCCCGCAGAGUAUUGUACCCAUCCGUUUUACCCCAGCUGCACUGCCCCAAGUCUACCUAAGAAAUGUCUGGCCCUGGCUAUGUUAUGGAUCGUGGGAAUUCUGAAUCGCCGAGGUGUGAAAGAGGUGUCUGGGCUCCAGACAAUGAGCACUGUGCUCAAAAUAUCCAUUCUCAGCAUAAUUUCCUUAAGCGGAGUGGUCAUGCUGGUGAGAGGGAAGGAGAAUGUAGAGAGACUUCAGCAUGCUUUUGAUGGUGAGCUUCCAGAUGUCUCCCAGAUCACUGAAGCCAUCUUCCAAGGAUAUUUAGCAUUUUCGGGUGGAGAGUCUUUAACAUUCAUAGCAGGAGAGCUGAAGAAACCCAACAAGACAAUUCCUAAAUGUGUCUUUACAGCUCUUCCUCUGGUUACUGUGGUGUAUUUACUUACCAACAUUUCCUACAUGACUGUUCUGACGCCGAGAGAAAUUCUCUCUUCAGAUGCUGUGGCAGUUACAUGGACCGAUAGAGUUUUCUCCCAGUUUACAUGGAUUGUUCCUUUCGCUAUUUCUGCCUCGAUAUUUAGCAACAUUAUUAUUAAUGUACUUGAAUCAUCAAGAGUGACAUACCUUGCAGGCCAACAGGGCCAGCUGCCUUUGUUAUGUGGUACACUAAAUACUCACUCCUCUCCACUUAUACCUGUGCUACUAACCGUCAUUAUAGGAUCCCUUGCAAUUGUUGCUACAAGACUAAUUGAACUGAUCAACUCUCUUUACUUUGUGGUUUCUAUCUGGACCUUGUUGUCAAUGGUAGGAAUUCUGAAACUUAGGUACCAGGAACCCAAUCUACAUAGACCUUAUAAGGUAUUUUUGCCAUUUACAUUCAUCACAAUAGCCAUCACCCUGUGCUUGGUUUUGAUACCACUGGUAAAGUCUCCAAAGUUGCAUUAUAUCUACCUGUUGCUCUUUAUUCUCAGUGGUUGGUUGUUUUACAUACCUUUAAUAUAUUUUAAAUCGAAGUUAGUUUGGUUUGAGAAGGUGACAUGUUAUCUACAAUUACUGUUUAAUAUUUGCAUCCCUGAUGAGUCUGAGGAACAGAUGUUUGAGGUAGAAACUUCAAAACACAAAUAG